UUACUCCGUACCUGUCAAAUACGAGUUGUGAAACAGAAUUCUACUUUAUCAAGGUCGACUACAGAGCAGCAACGAGCCCUCCACGGUGAUUUGUUUACAUUUACGGUGUGAAAUUCUUUUGGAAACAAUCAAGAAUAAAAUGAAUUACAGUGCAAUGCAACAACCAAAUCAUUCAAUGCCAGAGGGAGAAUUCAACUACUAUUAUUUGAGAAAAUUAGACUUUCCACAUUGUGCAAAAGAAGCAUUGGUUGCAAUCGCCAAAAUGCCCAGGGCAGCUAAUUCAACAGCCUACAGACAGAUUCAGCUCCAGACGGAAUUGAUAAAUGAAUUUGUUUUUGGAGAAAUAGAAAAAUUGAAGCAACAGAAGAAGACUCGAGCUCUGCAAGAGUUUCAAUUGAUCGAGGUUUUGAGUGAAUUCUUCAGAAAUCCCGAUCACAGUCCAGCAGUGAGAAAUGCGAUAUUCCUGCUCUUGUUCCCAGCGGAAUAUCCUAGGUACGAGAUUCUGGGUAAUUUAGUGUCUAUGGCGAUUGCCACACAAAACAGAGAAGUGUUGGACUCAUCGGGGAUGUGGAUUCAACAAUUGGGAUCGACUUCAACCCAGAGUGUGGACUUGGCAAAGCAUAUCCUAGACGAUUAUUUCGUUUACACUCCGAAUUCAAUUGACAAAUUGAAUAAACUGCCAGUUCUGGUGCCUCACUUCACCGCCAAUCUACUGACGGCUAUUGGAGAAGUUUAUAGACUCGAGGACCCGCCCAAUAAAUUGUUGAAACUCGCUGGAGACUGGAUUGAUGAUACUCCAGGAUUACUGGCUACGCCUUUGAUGGACAAUCCAGCGUUACCUCUGGGGGGCAUUCCCAUGACCCCAAUCACACCCAUUGCUGGGCUUUUUAGAUGGUGCAUAUUGAGUCCAGCUCGAUCAAAGCCAGAAAAUGUGGAAAAUACAAUCAUAGAAGAGCGCAACCAAUUUUAUUCAAAGAUCCAACAACUCUUGAUGGAUGCAGUUCUGAGAUUAAAAAACAGCGGCAGCAAUAAGCACGCCAUUUCCACCCAGCACCUGGCACAAACCACAAGAGCCUUAACGACAUUAUUAGAGGAGCCUGAAACUGCUGACAAUAAACCUCGGAGGAAUCUAGCCAUGGAGAGAUUGGCUCAGGCCGUCAGUACUGCAAUGUCUGCUAAUUGUAUUUACGGAAACAAACAGGAAUUAUUGGCUCUCCUACAACCUCUCGCAUGUCGACACUUUCUCAUUGAAUGGACAUUGAUAACGUAUGGUAGUAAAGGAGCUGUAGUUUAAUAAAAUUUAUUCUAUUUUUAUAAAUAAAAUUUUAUAUAGAUCAAGC